AUGUUUGCUGAAUCUCUUGUGUUGUGUUUCCUCUCACUACUGCUACUCUCUCCAUUUGCAACCUCAGAGCAAUGCAACCCACAAGACAAGAAAGCAUUGCUCCAAAUCAAGAAGGAGUUCAACACCUCUAAAACUCUUCAAAACUUAUGGGAUCCAAAAACAGAUUGUUGUAUCUGGGUUUGGGUCGAGUGCCACCCCACAACCAACCGUGUCACUGGCCUUGUUAUGAAAUUUGACGAACCAGGCAAUGAUAUCGUAGGUCAUAUACCUUCUUCAGUUGCACAACUCCCUUAUCUCGAGCACCUCGAAUUCAGCAAUUUUCCCAAACUCACCGGCACAAUCAACCCCGUUAUCUCCAACCUCAAACAUCUCAAGUAUCUUGUCAUUUCUUCCACUGGUGUCUCAGGCACAAUCCCGUCUUUUGUGAGCCAAUUUCAAAACCUCGAACUUCUUGAUCUAUCCUUUAACAGUCUCACCGGCACCAUACCAAGUUCACUUUCUCAGUUGCCUAAGAUCCAGUCGUUACGCUUGCACAAUAACAAGCUUACCGGCCAAAUUCCAAGCUCAUUUGGUUCGUUCAAGAAACCCGGGCCAGAUAUCUAUCUAUCAAACAACCGUCUUUCUGGACAUAUUCCUGCUUCGUUGGGACAAAUAGAUCCGGAGACGAUACACUUAUCGGCAAACAAGCUUGAAGGCGAUGCUUCUAUGCUUUUCGGGAAGAAAAGAACACAGCUCAUUGACCUUUCGAGGAACUUGUUGUCGUUUGAUUUUUCAAAAGUGGAUCUUCCAAAGAGUUUGACAUAUUUGCAUCUGGAUCAUAAUUACAUUUAUGGGAAGAUUCCACAGGUAUUAAACAAAAGGAAUGCUUUGGAGCGGUUUGAUGUGAGUUAUAAUUUGUUGUGUGGUGAGAUACCGCAGGGUGGGGAUUUGCAAAGGUUCGGUGUGUUUGCUUUUUAUCACAACAAGUGUUUGUGUGGCUCACCCCUUCCCAAAUGCAAAUGA